AUGGCCGAAUCGAUCGCCUCUACCCAAGAGUCUUUGGGCAACGAAAGCCAUGGCGGCGACGACGAUGCAGAUACGUCCGAUGAGGAGGCGGAUGAAGUGGGUUUGAAGAACACGACGCCGACAGCGAAGAAAGCUCCCAAGAAACGAAAACGAAAAGGUCAAGGCAAAGGAAUCGGCCCAAGAAGAAAGAGCAUUUCCAAGGACAAGAAGCGGAAUGCACAUUAUGCAACGUUAGCUCUACAAGCAGCAACUGUGGGGGAUGAUACGGGAUCUCCAGCCGCGAUCGUGACACCGGAACAAAGUCACAAUCUUCGACCACGUCGUUCCCCAGUUUCUUAUAUGGAUCCCAUUGAUGAUACCGAGGUUGCCGACAUUGCCGGUGAAUCGCAGGAAGAGAAGAAAGAUGAAGACAAUGAUAACGAGGAUUCAAAACCACCUGCUGUCGCGACAGACACUCAAGGACGUCGCAUUGUCCCCUUUGAUCAAGCCAAGCGUCGUCGUCAGGCAAUUGCGUUCUUUUUCAUCGAUCGGUUUCAUUGCAUUGACGAAUCAGACCACAAUUGGGAUGGACAGAACGGUGUUGCGGCGAAAAUCUCCCGGCUUUGUGGAUUUGCACCUGACACCGAUCUACGUCCAGUCAAAAACGUGAUGCGUAUUGUGUUGUCCUACCGAAAAAUUGGAUUGGAUUACAACGGCGAAGCAGCAGGAAGAAAGGAGUAUGCGAAUUUCUUGUUAGAGUCUGGGAGCUACGAGUUUCAAUUGAUUGCUGAUUGUAUCGAGAAUAGCUUCUGGAAGACACGGUAA